ACUAUUUGGGUGAUUAUACCGAUUUCAAUCCUUUUCAAUCUCUUCGAACUAUUUUCGCUUGCUGUCUCAUCAUCUUCUUGUUGUAUUUCUGUGUGCUAAAUUCUUGUGUGCUGACCGCUGAAUCGUCGAUCUUUUGCAUGCAUCGCAAGAAGAGCAAGUAGAUGGAGAGAUUGGGGAAGAAGAGGGUGCUGAUAACUUCUAAUGGAGAUGAGAUCUCCAAGGGCAUUGUUUUUCAUCUGGCCAAAUGGGGAUGCAGGUUGGUUUUGAUGGGUGAUGAGAGUUGCCUGCGUAGCAUGGUGGCAGAAAUCUCAAGUUCUUUGAAGGAAAUUGAACCAAUAGAAGUGGUAGGAUUAAAUUUCGAAGAUGAUGAUGAAGCGGUGUUUGAUGCAGCUGUGGACAAGGCCUGGAAUGCUUUAGGAGCAUUGGAUGCUUUUGUCAAUUGCUAUCUCUAUGAAGGAAAGAUAUGUGAACCUUUACUUUUAACUGAGCGUGAAUUCAAGAAAACAGUCAAAAUUAAUUAUAUGGCACCCUGGUUUCUAUUGAAAUCAGUGGCUAAACGAAUGCGAGAUAGCAAGUUGGGAGGAUCCAUCGUUUUCCUGACCACAAUUUUAGGUUCUGAAAGAGGAUUAUAUCAAGGAGCGGCUGCCGCAGGUUCAUGUAUGGCUGCUGUCGAACAGCUAACUCGAAUAUCAGCAAUGGAGAUCGGGAAGUACAACAUCAGAGUCAAUUCAAUCUCUCGUGGCUUACACUUGGGCGAUGCAUAUCCAACUUCGAUCGGAAGGGACAAAGCCGAGAGGUCCACUGAACAUGUAAUGCCAUUGCAAAGAUGGCUCAACCCGAAGAAUGACCUCGCUUCCACAGUGAUCUACUUGAUCUGUGAUGACUCCCGCUACAUGACGGGCACUUCUAUCUUCGUCGAUGGAGCUCAAUCGUUGGUCCGGCCUCGAAUGAAAUCUUUCCUGUGAUCGAAUCAAUCACCGUCCUGUCAAUCCUUUGAGCCUCUGAGAAAUGUCUGCAUAUCAGAAUAAACAUGAAAUCUUUAUCAAAUAAUAAAUGUAGAAUUGUAAAACAUGAGUUAUGUUUUGAACUACUCCUUUUUCAUAUGGAAAUUGGUGAAGAUUGCUUCAGUGUAUGUCUUUGAUCCUAAAUUUGCUGAAAUUCUGAUG